AUUAUUGAGGCGUCAUUCCGGCCGGCCUUCAUUUUCACUGCACAGCGCACCACGCGCCCGCCAUUUUGUUGCUAAAGAUCGGCUCGGUGCGAGUGAAGGGUUCUUUGUUUUAUGUGCACAAGUGAAAAUAAAUACACAGUAGUUUAUAAAUAAAGCAUCCAUCAAAAUGGUCGCGCAAACCAAAGUAUUCGUGGGAAGCUUGCCACAGGGCUCCAAGCCGGAGGAAUUGAGAAAACUGUUCGAACGGUUCGGCGUAGUGACAGAAUGUGAUAUUAUGAAUAGAUGCGGAUUCGUACACAUGCAGACAGAGGAUCAAGCAUCUGCGGCGAUUCGCGCGCUGCACAACACAUCAUUCAAUGGCGGCGUCAUAACGGUAGAGCGAGGCAGGAUCAAGGAGCGCGGCCAGCGCGGAGGCGGCGGCGGCGGUCGCGGCGGUAUGCGAGGGGGCAUGAGAGGCAUGGACAGGCGCGGCGGAGGCCCGAUGCGCGGCGGCCCGCCGAGGGACGCGCCGUACCCGCCGAUGAGGGACUCGCGUCCCAUGGGCCCGAUGCGUGGCAGCGACAUGCGCGGCCCGCCAAUGGGCGGCGGGGGCAUGUCGAUGCGGAACGGCAUGGGCGGCGGAGCGCCCUACGACCGCGGAAUGGACCGGCCGCCGAUGGGUGGAUAUGACGACAGAUACAACGGAUACGGAGAAGACCGUCGAGGCUUCGCGUUGAUGGACGGGCGCGGGGCUAGAGACCAGUACGGCGCUCCUCCCCCGAUGUACCCGGACGACAGGCGCGGGUACGGAGCGGUGGACGACAUGCCGCCUAUGUACCCUGACGACAGGCGCGCGCCCAUGUAUCCUGAUGAAAGGGACAUGAUGGACAGGCGAGGUGGCAUGCGGGGAGGCCCCAUGCCUAUGGCGUCUGGGUACGAUAGAGCACCGCCACGAGCAGCUCCCAUGGGCAAUGGUGAUAUGUACAGCAGGAGAACACCACCUCCAAUGCGCGGCGGUGGCGGUGCGGCGGCUGGCUACGACCGCGACCCGUACGCACAGCAGUACGCUCCCAUGGGACGCUACGCACAAACGCAACGUUAUCCGUAAGAGUAGGCGAUGCGAGGCGACGGCGGCACUAAGCGGCUUUCUUGUUUAGCGCGGGCGGAGCGGCGCACGGCGCGGCGCACGGCGGCCGGGCCCGGCCCCAGCGCACCAACAAAAACUGUAUAUCGCUCGUGUAGCCGCCCGGCGACACCUGCCCGCCACGCCACGCGAGCCGCGACCGCGAAGAAUCCAGUGUUUUUCGACCCCCCCGUGCCCCCGACGUGCUCCUCCCCCCAUGACUCCAUCGAAAUAGACGGACUUCAAUCUAUGUUUUGUUACUCUGACGACCGGUCGAAAGACACUGAUAGGCUGAGCGACGACCCGUAAUCAUGUAAAUCGCUUAUGAUGAAUCAUUUCGGCAUUUCAUUCCCGUCGCACGUGACGAGACACAAUCGUUGUCGGUUGGCGUCUAAGCAAUAAGUUUGUAAGGUAUUCUAAGAUGUAUUUUUUAAGAUAGAUUAAACCACUUGUUUUAAA